AUCGAUUGCACAUACUUAUGUAGGUACCUGCUUAUUAUUAAUUAAAAAGUUGUAAGCAAUUAUAAAUUAUGGCACCAUGUCAUAAUACCAAUUCAUAUGAUUUAUUUUAAGAACUGGGUACCUAGCCUAGUACCUAGCUACCUAAAUAAAAGAGGUAGGUACCUACUCAGACUCUAAAAAGUUCCCAAAUGAUCAGUAUUCUUUACUUUAAGCAAUAAAAAACCAAGUACCUACCUAGGUAAAACUCGUUAUGUAUACUGAGUACUCAACCAUCGCUGUUCCAACUCCAAUGAAAAAUAUUGAUAUCCACAGCCCAAGUAAAAAAAAUAUCUUGUUUUUAUUUCUUUUUCACUAAGCGUUCGAAGUUGUUUUAUUAAUCUUCUAAAUAUCAGUUUUAUUUUUAAAACAAAUAAAACAUCUCGCUAAUAACCACCUGCCUAUAUUUACUUAAUUAUUAAUUUCUGUAACUUUGAAUGAGCCAUGCCCUUUAAUCCGUGAAAGAGUAGGCAGAAGUAUCAAUUUUACCUCUUACAGGCUCUACAUGAGGAAAAAUAACUCAUUACUCAAAUCAAAAAGUAAAACAUAUAACGCUAAAUACACAUAGCAGUACUAGUAGCGACAUCUAUAAAGUAAAUGAGGAAACAUGAAGUAAAGACGCUAGACAUAAACUGUCGUCGCUCCGUUUCUCACUGAUUCAGAAUAACGGAACGUUUCGUUGUACAAUAUAAUUUAUCUGUGCACACUUUGCCAGCUGACAUUGACAGAUAACAAGUUAUUGUGUUUCAACAUUACAUUACAAAUAAAUACGUGAAAGGAUCGUGAAUGCUAUGGCGUUGAGUUACUUUAAUGAAAGCGAGGCACCCCGGGACUUCCGAGUAUCUUCGACGGAGAGUGAUGGCCACUACAAGAAAUGUCUCCUUUGUUACACCGUGAAAAAGAACUUCUAUUGUCCAGAUUGCGUCAGGGCGGGCAAUUUCGUACAUUCAUCUAUGCCUUACGCAGAUAGAUAUGCAGAGAAACAAGGAAAACUACUCCGUGUUAAAGUGAACCGUAAACAUGUACUGGACCAAUGUGAGAGACUGUUAGCAAAUAAACUAAAAAGGGACACAUUAGUGACAGAGGCCAAGCAGUCCAGAGACAAACUAGAGCUCCUUAGACUGGCCAUACAACAGAGACGCAGAAACAUCGAAGAAAAACGCAGAGAAUUGACAGAACUUAGAAACUACAACAAUGAGCUGACAAUAAAGUUACCAAGGUACCAGAAACGAGUGACAAGCCUCGGCAAACAUGCAGAGGUGCAGAGAAUGGAACUGGAGAACAAAGUCAGUAUGUACACGGAACAAACAGACGCAUUGGCAGCUUUACGAAGAUCUCGGAUACGACAACUCACCAAAUACAUUUUCCCUGUUUAUAUUACCUAUGAUACCAGCGAGAGUAUAGAGGACAUGGAGUUUAUAGGCGAGGACACGGAGGAGGAGCCCCCGCACAGGCCGCAGCUACACAUCGUCGCGCCCUGGAUAUACACGGAUGGAGACUUCUCGCAAGUACAGGCCUGGCUCCGGCAGAACAAAGACAUGGUGGCAGCGCCCCCGGGCGGCGCGGGCGGCGCGGGCGGUGCGGGCGGUGCGGGCGGUGCGGGCGGGGCGUGCCCGGGCGCGCGCGCGUGCGCGGCGCUGUCGCUGUGCGCGCAGCUGGUGGCGCUGCUGGGCUGGGCGCUCGACGCCAGGCUGCCGCACACUAUUGCACUCAAUGAGUACAGCUCGUGGCGCGCGUGGGAGGGCGGGGCGGGGCGCGCGCGGCGACUGGGCGCGGCGGCGGCGUGGCUGGCGGCGCGCGCGGCGCUGUGUCCGCCGCACGGCCCGCACGCGCCGCACGCGCUGUCGGCGCUGCACUCGCUCGUCGUCGCCGCCAACACUGACGACCCCAUGCUGGGCAGAGUGGAGUCGUGGACGAGUAGUUGCGACGCGGCGGCGCGGUCCGUGUGGGCCGACGCCAUCGCCGCGCUCGGGGACCUCGACACCGACGACACCGAGCCGCCUGAACAUCUACACUGGCCUGAGGCCAUGGAGAUGGAGGAGUUGAGUGGUAGCCCGGCGUCCCCGGCGCCGGCGCCGUCGCUGGUGACGUCGGCGGCCGCCUCGCUCGCCUCCAUGUGGAGAGUCUUCACCAAGUGACCGCACUGCCACAUCACUACUAACUCAACUACCUGUCUAAUGACUAGUCUCAAUAACUUUUGGUAAUUUGACUAUUAGAGAUAGAAUUUUGUAACGAUGAGACUGGCUGUAAGUCGUCGACGAUAUUUACAAAUGAGUACUACUACUGCUUAUCGACGUACAAUGCUUAGUUAAAUGCCCCAUGACGCUCUCUUCCGGGAGCAAAAGCCAUCGCGUUUUGACGACUUCGUCGUUGGACGAUUUAUAGGCGACUUCAAUAGAACUUGUUCUAACAUUGCGUAUUAGAUAAUAAAAAUAAUUAUAACUAAUUUUUUAUUUGUAUCACUGCGAUUUUAAAGUAUUUAUUGCACUCAAUUGUUCACUAACAGUUUUGAAUGAGGUCACUACGCUUUCAAAUAUACUUUCUUUCAGUAGACUACAAUUCUAGAGACUUAAAAUUACCGCCAUUACUGCCAUCUAGCGGCCGAUAUCGCAUUGUAGAUAGACGAAGGAUUAUAAUGUACCUACCAAAGCAAGUUAAGCCGCGCUUUCACUCGGAGACAUGUCGCGGGGACAUAUCGCCCAAUAUUCACGUCAUGUCUUUGCAACUUUUGGAACAAUGUUACUGGAUAUUUCGCUUGUUCACAUGGACCAGUUGUAAUCAGUAUGUCGCCCGAGGAGGAGCCAGUAUCGUCGUCAGACGUCGGGCGACUUCGCGUAGGACUCGUGAACUUCGUGUCGAGCGACAGACUAGCGAAACAAAUGUCCCUCCCUAGCGAAAAUGAGGCUUUACAUAGUAUAAUAUAAAGUCGCACAUUAUAAUAAUUACAAAGACCUAACAGUAGUACACAGAAAUAGCUAUAUAUAUGUGUAACGUAUUAUAGAAGUAUAAUAAAUGUUCAUCUUAGUGAAACUAUUCCGUCUAACCUACUCGUAUCAUAAGUAGUCAAAUAUUUUGUAUUAUUGAGUUUUAGUCACAUAAAAACACUUACUAUCUCUGUCACACAACUGUUUUCUUCAUGUGCUAGACAGAGAUAGGGAUCACAUCGUCUGUGUGUCUUGAACUCAAUCUUAAUAAGGGUGGACUUAAAAUGUGCCCUGUGGAAAACCAUACCUGUAUUCUUUUUAUUAUCAAUGUUACUCAUUUAGCCAUCCAACAAACGAUUAUCAGCCUUAUUGUUCAAACAGUACUCAAACAAUAAAAUCUUAUUACGAAAUAUUGCUAAAGUAUAACUUUUCAAUAACACGUCUUAGAAACCCUUUGUAAAAAACUACAAAUAAGCGCCAUAGCAUUCCAAUUAAAUAAAAAAAUCGGAGAGUUUUACAAUACGUUUUGACUUCGACUUCUUUUGAUAUAAUAUGGUCCACCCUUUACAAAUAUAAAUUAGUUAAAGUGAUUAUAAUGGCUGAUGUAACUAGGUGUGCACUAAAUGUGGCUUUUUAUCUUACGACAGAGCGAUGUGUUUACAAAUUGUUUUAGUGAUUCUAUUUGACAUUAAUGAAUAUCCUAAUAAUGAGAGCAGACAUAGACAUUAUUGUAGGCACUACUGAAGCAAACAUUCAUUUAUCAAAUUAUAAUAAUUACAAAUUUUAUCGCAAAUGUUCAUGAGAAUCAUAUUUAAAUUAUAGCAAUUCAUUAUUUGUAUAACUAUUGUAUAGUUUACUAAAUUUAUGCCGCUACGGGAAAGCCCGACUGGUUUCGAGCUCAUACGGAGCCCUUAGUCAUGAGUUGUGCACACGGUGGCAUGCUACAUGUGCGAAGGCCGUAUAGAAAUGAUCUAAUUUUGUAUUAAUUGAAGUAUAAAUUAAUUUCAUGUAAUUGGCUACGCCCUGUGAAAAACAAGUAUUAUGUGGGUUGUGUCAACUUUAAUUAUCUCAACGAAUUGACAAUGUUUUUAUAUUUUUUUCUGCAUUAUGGACAUGAAUAAAUACUAUAUAGUUUUAUAUAA